AUGAACGACACGAAGUAUCCAAUUUCGUAUAUUCAAGGAAAGUAUCUUCUUUUUGAUAUAGAAGCAAUUCAGUAUUUUCGCGAAAAGUACCAUAUUCUUGGCAUUCUCUCUGGAACGCUUCCUCAACUCCCUCAACAGAAUAUCUUUUUGGGUCUUCCUCUCCAAUUGACGAAAGAGGAAGUGUAUUACUUAGUUAAAAAUGGAGCAGCUUUUGUUAUUGAUGAUGAAAAAGUUCAUAAAGAUUAUUUCAGUAAUUUAGUUGAUAACGACAGAAAAGCCCUUGCAGAGAGGCGUCAGAAGAUGGCCGUUGAACAAAUGUUGACGGCGCGUACUAAAGAAAACGACAAGAAAAUAGAAAUUAUGAAAAAAAUAAAUAAGGAAAUUCCCUUAGAUACCUUGGACUACGACGGUACCCAACCUGUGAAUUUAACGAUGGUACCAAUUGAUACAAGUACAAAGGGGUUAAAAAGAGAUCAUUUGGAAACAUCUUCAUUAAGCUUACCAGAAAUUGAAAGAAGGCGGUAUUUGAUAUUCGAGUCACUAGUGAUGAAUGGCUUUUUCCUUAAUCCUGGUCUUCGGUUUGGUUGUGAUUUUGUUGCAUAUCCGGGUGAUGCUCUGCGAUUUCAUUCACAUUAUUUGGUAAACGGGUAUAAUUGGGACGACGAAAUCCCACUUUUGCUACUUAUAGGAGGUGGUCGUCUAGGGACCGGUGUCAAAAAGGCCUGGCUCAUCGGAGGGGAACAGGAAACGCACAACUCAACGACUUCUGAUGAGAACAAUUUAGAUGCAACAUAUCGCCAAUUUUCAAUUGAGUGGUCGGGUUUUGGUUGA